UCACACUGUCGGUCCAAUGCGAGCGGCAAAGAUUUUCGUAACCGAUUUGAAAAAUCGUAGUAUUUUUGACAAGGUAAACAGACUUCGGAUUGAUCUAUAUGGGUCGUUGGCUUUAACCGGAGAAGGUCAUGGCACACCUAAUGCAAUUUUAAUGGGAAUGGAAGGUGAGACUCCCGAAAAAGUUGACACAUCUACUAUAAAAUCUCGAAUAUCCAAAAUUAAUGAAACAGGCGGUGGCUUUGUGGUUGAAGAAAAAACCAUCCAACAACAUGGUGACAAUCUUUAUUAUAAAGCUUAUGAUAAAUUAUCUGUUGACUUGCAACGUAUAAGACAAGAUGAGGCUGUUGUUGCGCUACCUUUUCGGAAUGCUGAAGAAUUGUUAGAUGUUUGUAAGCGAGAACGCAUGACAAUUGCACAAGUUGUUUACCGUAAUGAACUACAUUGGCGAACUCCUGAUCAAAUUAGAAAUAAAAUAAUGGACAUUUGGAACACAAUGAAUGAAAGCAUUCGAAACGGAUGUAUGAGUACUGAAGAAUAUUUACCGGGUAAUCUAAAGGUGCGAAGGAGAGCUUCAGGGUUAUACCAGAAACUGAUAAGUGGUCCACCACCUUCAAAGGUGGCUGAUAAUUCUCUAAUACCAAGUACAACAGGCUACAAAAAAGUCAUUCUGAGACGGCCUUGGAAACUACUCAUGUUACCUGCUUUGGAAUAUCUCUCAUUAUACGCUAUUGCGGUUAAUGAGGAAAACGCUUCUGGUGGACGGGUGGUUACUGCUCCAACUAAUGGCGCAGCCGGUGUAAUUCCCGCUGUUCUAAAGUAUUUUUUAGAGUUUAUGUCUGAAAAUAAUGCACGAGAUAUCAUGGAAUUUCUAUUUACUAGCGCUGCAAUAGGCAUGCUUUACAAACGAGGCGCAAGCAUUAGUGCAGCUGAAAUGGGUUGCCAAGGAGAAGUAGGUGUCGCAUGCAGCAUGAGCGCAGCUGGAUUCGCCGCAGUAAUGGGUGCAACACCGGAACAAGUAGAGAACGCAGCAGAAAUAGGAAUGGAACAUAACCUAGGCUUAACGUGUGAUCCGAUAGAUGGUCUUGUGCAAAUUCCCUGUAUAGAGCGUAAUGCUCUUGGUGCUGUCAAAGCCAUAACUGCUGCUCAAUUAGCAUUGAAUGGUGAUGGAUAUCAUAGAGUUACUUUAGAUCAAGUAAUUGAGACUAUGCGACAGACUGGAUUGGAUAUGCAAAGCAAAUAUAAGGAAACUAGUCAAGGAGGAUUUGCUUCACUUCUUCGCUCGCAUGGAAUUGGUGCUUUUCAUGCUAUAUUUGAUCCAAAAAUUGGUAAAGUAGUUACCUCCCAUCCUAUUCUACAACCUAUCGGAGAUUAUUUUGAAGAAGAGAAGACCGACUUCGAUGGGCAUGAAGGGAUUUUUGGCCAGAUUGGACCAGUUUCUGGAGUUUUACAGGGUGCCUUUAUACACAGAACUUGUCGAGGUCAAGGAGCAGGCGGCGUAAGGAAUUGGGGUUAUAAUACUAUCGAAGAUUGGUUUCGUGAUGGAAUUAGAUUGUCUAAAGGCAUGACUCAUAAAAAUGCCCUUGCUGAAUUAUGGUGGGGAGGAGGGAAAGGUGUUAUUGACAGGAAUACCGGAAUUGGUUUAAAUCUUGGAUCUACCCCACUGCAACGUCGUGUAGUGUUUGAGGAAUAUGGAUCUUUUAUAAGUUCCCUAAAAGGUUGUUACGUAACGGCUGAAGAUGUAGGCGUAAAAGAUGAUGAUAUGGCUGCGAUAUUUUUAAGAACACGAUUCACGACGUGUAUUCCACCUCAAUAUGGUGGUAGUGGUAAUCCCAGUUCUCCAACGGCCAGUGGAGUAGUUCGCGCUCUUGAAGCUGCUUUUUCACAUACUGGAAAACAUUCGUUGCAAGGUGUUACGGUGGCUGUUCAAGGUGUCGGACAUGUGGCUACUGCUUUUAUAAAAUAUUUGCUUGAAAGAAAAGUUGAGCAUAUAAUUGCUUGUGAUGUAGAUUCUCAAAAGAUUAAAGCAGCGGAAAAAACGUUUUCUAAGGAAAUAAAGGAUGGCACCGUCAAGUUUCGAUUAGCUAAGGGUAGUGAUCAUUCAAUUUUAUAUGAGGACGUUGAUGCGGUUUCUCCUUGUGGCAUUGAUUUAUCCAAAGAUGGUAAAUCGCUUGCUGAAAGAGGAAUAAUUUAUGUUCCUGAUUUUUUGGCAAAUCGUAUGGGCAUUGUUAAUUGUGCUGAUGAAGCCUCUGGAUAUGUAGAAAAUGAUCCAAUAUUUGAAAAACAUCUUGGUGACACUUGGGAGAAUUCUAUAUACAAUCUUACAAAAUCCGUUCUUUCAACUGCUGCUGCAAGUUCGCGUACACCUCAGGAAGUGGCAAUAGAUUUAGCAGAAAAAAGAUCAUUUGUCAAAAACCCAAUUUUUGGACAUCGUGGAAUACAAAUUAUUAAUAGUAUAGUCAAUAGCAAAGAGUGGAAGAUGAAAAUUAAUGCAUGUUAG